CUCUGAGCCGAUCUCAUGCACGACACAGAGAGCGGACGACGCACUAAACCAUCCACGCAACAGAAGCAAAGAGAAGUCAACAUGAUGCAAUCAGCGUUUUUGUGCGCGUUGCUUGCGGCUGCCCAUGCGCCGGCGGCUUCUGGGUUCAUGCCGGCGGGACUAGCACCUCGUCCGUCCUCCUCAAGCAGCAGGCAGCAGGUAUCCUCUGCUACAACGCGCAUGGCCCUUAGCCCGGAGGGGGGCCAGGGGCAGAGCAGGGGGGAGCUGCUGCAGACGGUUUGGAAGACAGCCUUGACAGCGGGCGCCGCGCAAACGCUGCUCGCGUCCUCGGUCCUGGCAGAGGACUCCCUGACGACGGCGAGUGGCCUCAAGAUCAACAAGCUGGUGCAGGGCAAGGGUCCCGUGGCGGAGCAAGGGGACCUCAUCGGCGUCCGCUUCAAGGGCAACUACGGCACCUACGAGUUCGACAACAUCUUCAACACGGCGGAGCCGUACUACAUGCGCGCGGGGGUCGGGACGCUCGUAAAGGGCGUGGAGGAGGCGUUGUUAAUGAUGAGGGUGGGCGACAAGUGGCAGCUCACGUGCCCGGCUAACCUCGCCUUCGGAAACAAGGGCCGCCCACCGAGCCCCGGAAGGCCUAGGAUCCCUCCGGGCGCAGACGUGGAGUACACCCUGGAGCUGGUAGCCCUGCCCGGAAAGGAGGAGGAUAUCGUCGAACAGCGAACCGGCGACACAUUCUCGGGCAACGCCUUCGACGACCAAUAG